CGUUUCAGUCAGUUUGCAGAUUUCGGCGUGGUCAUAUCAAACCAAGUCAGACGCACCAUUCCGCUGAUGGUUCUAGAAUUCCGGAAGUAAAGCAGACGAGUAAAGCUGAAACCGAUGGCUGCAAGUGAACUAAACGUCGCAAGGCUCCACUUUCUGCUGGAAGUGUUCGAAGUAGCCGGCAAUCCCGAGAACGAUAGCUUGAAGUGGAGUGCGGACGGCAGCCUGCUAAUCGUGAACCUGCCGGCGCUGGCCCUGUAUUUGCAAUCGAUCAUCAGCGACCCCAAUCCGCUCGUCUGGUUUCUGCAGCAUCUGUGCGGGGCCGGCUUCGCGCAGUGCCCGCUGGAGGCGGUCGGCGAGGCGGAGUACAACGCACCGCCGGACCAUACGGUCCUUUUCUGGCAUCCGCACUUCCACCGCAAUCAUGCCUGGUUCAACUACCAAUGGAAUAGCGAGCACAGUCCGUCCCCGUGGCACGUACCAGACAACGAGGAGUAGAGCCUCACCAAUGAUAUCGGACCAAGUGGAGCAGCCGGUACAGCAGGGCGCCGAUCCUGCAAGACGUAAGAGCAACCGAACGCUCCGAUUCGAACGAAGCACAGAAACACACAGGAUGAAGACGAAAGCAUUCGGGACCGGCACGCCGUGCGCGCCGCCGCAAAGAACUUCUGCGCGAGCAAACGCAACGCAAAUUCCAGUUUUGUUACAGCAGCAUAACAUAUGAUUCGUGUGUAGGCUGUUAAUAAAGCAUAGUUUAUUGAUUCCAAAAAACCAACCUUUUAAGACGGCAGGAAACACAGUGUGAGAGAGUCAGAGCGA